AUGCAGUUGUUGUCAGUGAAUGUAUUAUGUAUGUUGGUCAUGAAUUUCGUCGUCACUACUGUUAUUUUAAAUAGUGAGGAUAAUCUAACUACAGAACAAAUCUACACGAUAUUAGUGCUGUCAUGUGUAAUAUUCGCCGUCCUCCUUUCCAUCUUGUUCAUGUUUGUUACAGAAAUACAAAGCAACUCUCCUGUCAAUUUCCUCAUUACAUUAUUAGCAGUUAUUUUACUGUCCUUUAGUGCAACGCUAAUAUUAGCUAAUUUACAAUGGUGUGUGGCUACUGUUGUGCUGAGUUUGACAGUUAUCAUAGUCAUAACAACAUUGAUUGUUGGUUUCAGGACGAGGAAUUUGAGUGAUUUGGGAUGGACGGUAUUCUUGUGGCUUUCAGGUCUACUGAUUUUUGUCGGAUUAUUCGAUGCCAGUUUAUUCUACUUACUCAAACAACUGACAAUGGAAGCUGGUGCAUUCUGGAGCAUUGGAUUAUCAAUAAUCAUCUUCAUCACCAUCAAAAUCCUGAGAUUUGGACGUUUCGAUCAAACAUUCCCCGUUGUUCUGUUCAUUACAUAUCUAUUAUGGCUUGAGGAAUUGUGGCUGUGUUUCUCCAUAACUCAGUGUUUCAUAUGGCUGAAUGAAAGACAUAAUAUUUGCACAGUGCACAGAAAACCCACUCAAGAUCUCUCAAACACACAGGAAACUAACACACAGUCGUUUAAUCGUGGAUCACUAGCCAUGCAGCUGUUGUCAUUGAAUGACUUAUGGAUACUUGUUGCAGAUGUUGUCGCCACUAAUAGAAGUGCGAGGAGUGAGGAUAAUCAAAUAAUGAGAUUCAUCUACCUGAGUGUAAUGAUGUUGUGUAUAUCAUUCGCUAGCCUCUUAACUGGUCUCUUGGUUUUCGUGACAAAAGUAUGGAAUAGCAUUCCUGCCAGUCUCUUCAUCACACUAUUAGCAGUUAUUUCACUAUCUAUCAAUCAAGCAAUAAUAUUAGCUAAUUUACAAUGGUGUGUGGCAUUUACUGUGCUGAUUUUAACACUUGCGAUAUUCAUAAUAGCAGUGAUUGGUGGAUUGACAACGAGGAAUUUGAGUGAUUUGGGAUGGAUGACUUUCACACUGAUUUCAAUUGGACUCUUUAUCCUUGGAGUGAUCACUUCAAGUUUAUUCUACUUUUUCAAACGAUUCACGGUUGUAACUGGCCUCUUGUGGAGUGUUUCACAAAUGACAACCAUCUUCAUCACCAUCAAAAUCCUAAUAAUUGGCCAUUUCGAAAGAACCUUCCCCUUCGCCUUAUUUGUAUCUUAUAUAUUGUGGAUUGAAGAAAUGGGGCUUUGCUUUUCUGUAACUGAAGGUUUCAAGUGGCUAAAUGAUACGGAGAAUGUUUGCAACAACACUGUAUACCUAAAUUUCCUCAUCACAUUAUACUGA